AUGUCAAGCCCCAAAGGGAACGACGACCGGAAGCGGCUCGGCUCUUUCUUCAAGCGCAACCUGUCCAUCCGUUCCACCUCCUUCUCCAUCCGGCGAAGCUCGGGUGGCAGCACUACCAACAGCGCCAGCACCAACAACAGCAGCAUCAUGACCAGCAGCAGCAGCUUGGGCGCGGGAUCGCGGUCUGCCCCGCGCACACCUCGCACCAGCGGCGACAAGGGGCGACUGCAAGACGCAACUCAGCACCAGCAUGCCGUUCGUCACCGCAGCGAAACGAUGGCCGCGCCGGGUGUGCACGCGCCGCUGCACCGGUCGCCAUCAGCGCCGGGCGGGCUGCGUGCGAGCGACAUGCGCAUGACGGAGGAACAGCGGCUGGAGGUGAUGGAGCUGGUGAGGGAGGGUGUCAUGACGGUCGCAGACGCACACGCACACGUCAUGGAGCAGGAGCAACAGCUGUCCCAGCAAGAGCAGCAGCGACCAAGGCGGCGCCAGUCGCGCCAGUCUCGCAAGUCACGCCCUGCUCGCGCGUCAUCGCCGCUGUCCACAUCCACACCCUCUCGCGCCGUCUCCACGUACAGCAAUGGCGUGGAUGAGGAGGCGUUUGCCAUGCUUGCCACAGAGCUUGAGGCCAAUGUGCACGAGAAGCGACGUCUGAGCAUGAGCAAAGCGAGCAGCAACAGCAGCGUCAACGCACUGGCAACCCCAUAUCCAACCGCCACUGGCAACAGCUCACGCUGCUCCAUUGCGUCGUCCCCAGCGCGGUCACCGCGCCAGUCGCUCGUGCCCCGCACCAACAGCAGCGAGGGCGGUGUCGGCAACGGACCAAUAAACAGCGAUGGUGUUGGUGGCGGUGACGGCGGCGGUGGCGACAGCAGCGGCGGUGUGGAUGGCGAUGCGAACGGGCGCAUUGAUGGCGCUGCCGACGACAGCAGCGGUGCUCACACCCCAGCGCCGACCAGCAGCAACAGCAGCGGCAAUAGCGCCAGCAAGACCACGCCUGCGUCGCAAGUCGCCAGCGGGCGCAGCAGCAUGGCGAGCGAGCCCGUCGUCAUCUCGCAGGAGAAAUUGGACGCCGCCAUGGCGCACGUGCUGAUGCGAUUGCGCAAGAGCACCGACGUGCGCGUGAACCAUCCGGAGCUGCUGGCCGUGAUCACGCGCUUGCACGAGGGCAACCUGACGUUUGAUGCCGCCAUCCAGGCCGUCACAAACGUGGAGCAUGAAGCCGUUGGUGUUGCGGAGAGCGAGGCAGCAGACCUCGACCCGCCCUUCCCUGCCCGCGUCGUCACGGCUUGGUCCGCCAGCAUGUAUGACAAAGACGUGCUGCACGUGCCCUUGAACGAGGUGGUGACGGUUGUGGAGCGGUGCGAGCCCUACUGGCGGUGCGAGUACAAGGGCAACACGGGCUUGGUGAAGUUUGUGUACCUGCAGCGCAUCCCCUGGCAGGAGGUGUGCGACAAGCGCAAGUCGCGGGCGUGGCGGCGCUCCAUUGCAGUGUUUGACGACCGUGUUGACCGGCCCGACAGCAUGAUCAGUAGCACCACGUAUGGCAGCGAAGGUGACGCGUUUGGUGGCGAUGCACAUGGCGAUGGCGAUGGCGAUGGCGAUGGUGAUGGUGGCGCCAAGGAGGCAGAUGCGCGGCUUGCAGGGGUUGCCGAGGAGCAGGAGGAAGAGGAAGAGGAAGAGGAAGAGGAAGGCGAAGAACAAGAGGGAGAAGAGGAGAAAGGAGAGGGGAAUGGCACGGCUGAUGGUGACGAUGAAGGGAGAGACGAUGGUGUCCGUGACGGUGAUGACGAUGAGGGCGCGGACUGCGAGUACAACGAGACGGAUAAGCAGGAGAAGGAGAAGGAGGCGGAAAGCGCAGACGCUGAUGGCAUGGCUGCGCGUGAGGAUGACAUGGCCGCAGACGGAGGCACAGAGGAACCCGCCGCCACUUGUGAAGGAGCGUUGACACAACAACAGCAACAACAGGAACCACAACAAGAAUCCCAGCCGCACGACCAGCGUGAGAAGCAAGGCGUGGAGAACCAACAACAACAACAGCAGCAGCAGCAGCAGCAGCAUCAAGAAGAGCCGCAGCGCAAGAGCCUGCUGCUGGAGACGCCUGAAGGGAGUGACGCCAGUGACGACGAGCAUGACGGCGACGACGAUGGCAGCAGUGCUUACGACGCGGAGGACAUUGCGGCACAGGCAGCACUGGUUCGCCUCGCAUUGCAGGAGGCGCGAGCAAAAGUGGUGGUCAUGCACCCGCCCAUGCUGCGUCAGCGGGCGGUGACGCUGGCAACGAGCGCCGUGCGUGCGCACACGCGGCCCAUCAGCAGCAGCAGCGGCAGCAGCGGAUAUGCGGGCAGCACGACGGCGUGGAACCCGUUUGCCGAGAUGAGCAGCGGUGCAGGCGACACAAAGGCGGAGGUAGAGCAGCAGCUGCUGAAUGGCGAUGGUGAUGGUGAUGGUGAUGGUGAUGGUGAUGGUGAUGGUGAUGGUGAUGGUGAUGGCGAUGGUGAUGGUGAUGGUGAUGGUGAUGGUGGCGACGAGGUGGUAAGGAAUGUAGAAGAAAGAGAGGAAGCCGAGGAAGCACCAGAGCAAGUACCAGAGGAAGUACCAGAGGAAGUACCAGAGGAAGUACCAGAGGAAGUACCAGAGGACUGUGUGGAUGCUGGCGAUGGUGACGUCGCUGGUGCUGUUGGUGUUGAUGAUACUGAUGUUGUUGCUGGUGAUGAUGGCACUCACGAGUCUGCGACUGACAACAACGUUGUUGAUGGUGGCGAAGACGAUGACGACGAUGACGGGGAUGUCGUUGAUGUGACGGCACUGCCUGCAGCUCAGCAGCGCGUGGAUGACGAACAGGCGUGCGACGAUGUGUCUGAUGGUCACAGCGAUGCAAGAGACGCCACGACAGCGCAUGAUGCGGCCGAUGGUGUCGGUGAUGACGUGAACGUGGACGCCGCCCCUGUCAUGGCGGAAAACCACGGACCUGUGUUGCAGCUCGCGAGCCAAGCCAAUGGUGCUCUUGCCACUGUCGUCGACAAUGGUGACGGUGAUGGUCACAGUGAUGGUGAUGGUACGAGGGGCGUGCACGACGAGAAGGGGAACGGCGCCGCCAUCAGCGCUACGGUUGCGGAACAGCUGACCAUCAACCCCUUUGGUGACGAUGGAAGUGGCGAUGGUGGCGGUGAUGGCAGCGACUGGGCAACGUUUUCGCCCCCGCCAACAAUGGCCACAGCAACAGCACCAGCUGCACUGCCGUCCAUCGCCGAGCAUCCCGAGUCAUAGCGUGGCCAGAAGACGACUGCAUGGCUGGAUGGGUGGAUGGGUGGAUGGCUGCGUGUUUGGUGGAGAGGGUUGAGGCCUUGCUGGCUCAUGAUCGUGUUCGUUGCCAUAUUCGUCGUGUUAGCACCGCGCAUGUGGAAAGAUUGAGAGGUCGAGUGAUCAAGAGAUGUUCACCGACGUAGGUUUAGUUCGUGCUUGUUGCUGUGUUAUGCGUAUUCCCUGCUUGACUUACGUGAAGCCCGUGAUAGAUCCGAGAUUGUUGCGCUGUUGUUGCGUUUGGCGUGUAUGUUUCCCGGUGUUGCUUCUUCUACUUUCAUUCCGUGUUACAUUACAUUCAAUGUGUGUGUGUGUGUGUUUAAUGUGUGUUGAAUGUGUGUUCACGCCAACACGCCAACACGCCAUUCUCACUAGCCACAGAGCA